AUGGCAGGAUACACUUGUGUCCAAUGCCUUCAGGUCCUCCGUCAAGGAGCCCGUGCUUUAGCCCCUCAGGCUCGCCUACAGAGCUUCUCAACCGCGCGAAGAAGAAGCCCCAUCUCCCCGUCUUUCAUCCGCAGUUUCGGCUCGCAACGCAAUAGUCGAUCGCUGGGCAGCUCCCCUGAGCAGCCCAAACAUACACACAGCCAGUCCUGCUGUGUCCCCAAGUCCUCACCUUUGCCCCUUGCCCAGCGAGCAGCUCACACGGCAAGCAGGUCCUCCAUCAAAACUCGGGUCAACCCUCAGGCCAUCCUAAAACCUGAUAACCUAUUCCAUUCCUUCUCGGACUCGCCUUCGCCGGCAAUCCGCAAACGCGCCGAGUUUAUCAAGCAGAAUGCUUUCUGCCCCCACCCAAGCCAUCAGCAGACCCGCGCGCCCGUCUCGCCGCACGACCCCGAAGCCAGAAAAACUACCGAUGAUGCAAACCUGCCCCCGGCCCAUUCGCACUUCGAGUGCCCCGACUGCGGUGUGCCAGUCUACUGCUCCGAGGGCCACUGGAUGGAUGACUUCGAGGCUCACCUUGAGAUCUGUGACACUAUGCGCCAAAUCAAUGAGGACGACCACGACCUGAACUCCGGCCGUUUCUUCCCUGAAUUCCAUUACCCCGGUCCUCAGGAUGAUAACUUCGUUAUCAACAUGACCAACUGGGAUACUUACCUCUACACCCGUGAAUUUGCGGCUAUCAACGACGACCGCUCCAUGCGUCAGGUUACCCGCAUGCUCACCUACCCCCAGACAAUCGGCAGCGUCCUGCACGAACUUAGCCCGUACAGUGUCCGUUCCGGUGGACGACUCACACCGGAGGGAUUGAAGAGUAUGAGUGCCCUCCGCUACACUCUCCACCCCCCUAAAUCCGGCGAAGGCAUCGACGCUAAAGGCCUCCGCCUGCACGCGCCCCCAGUGCGAAUCUUCAUCCUUGGUGCCCGCGCCGAGUCCUCCCUCCCCCGCGACGUCUGGCUGCAGCUGCAGUACAUGUACCCGCGCGCCCUGCUGCACAUAAUCUUCAUCGGACCGGAGAGCAUGGCGAAUCGAGAUGGGGAGUAUCCUCUUCCCGAGCGCACGCCCGAAAACCCCUUCGGCGGCAUCGUCGAGGACAGACUCGGUGGCCAAAUGAAAAUCACUACUUAUGUGGACUACUUCCACACUAUGAACAAAGCCCAGUAUUUUGGUCCCUUCGAUCCUUACCUCGAUUGCUUUAUGCUAUUCCAUCCUGGCCUGGGUCACCCAGCUAGCUCUCAUGAGUGGGAAGAGACACUGCCUCAGUUGCUUGAGACUAAGGUUCCUAUCAUCUGCACUGGAUACACACAGUGGGAUCUAGAGCGUGAUAUCAACUGGGUGGGUGAAAAGUGUCGUGGGGAGUUUGAUGUGCUUCUUGAACCCGGAGAGAAUAUCUUCCGCAGUCUACGCUGGGAUCUGAAUGACCAGGAUCCUCAUGAUGUUUCUUGUGGAAACUGGGGAUUGUGGGCCUUCCGAGGCAAGAGAUACGAGGCUUCUUUCUCCAAGGAAGAGUAG